AUGUUCCGACGGACUUUCUGGCGCCUCGCCCCCGACAACCGGGAUAACAUCAUCCGCAUCUUCACCGAGAUGGCCGACCUGAACAACGCCCUCGGCGAGAAGUACAAGGUGCAGAGCUACAACCGUGCCGUGCAGAGCCUCAAGACGAACCUCGACCUGCCGCUGCGCACCGUCGAGGACCUCGAGAAGUUCCCCGGCUUCGGCGCGAAGCUGCUCAAAAAGGCGGAGGAGAUCAUCACCACCGGAAAGCUCGAGGAGCUUGAGAAGAAGACGAAGCCGAAGCUCAAGGCGAUACAGGAGCUCACGCAGGUGCACGGCUUCGGCCCGCGCGCGGCCGCGGCACUCUUCGACCGCGAGGGCAUCUUCACCGUGGAGGAGCUCAUCGAGAAGGCGGACCGCAUUCAGCUGACGGACCAGCAGCGCGUCGGCGUGCGCUACUUCAACGACAUCAACGAAAAGAUCCCCAUGCAUGAGUCUGUCCUGCACGAGAAUUUCCUCCGCGAGAGUGUGCAGAUGCGCCUCGGCAGCGACUACGAGAUCCAGAUUUGCGGUAGCUACCGUCGCCGACACCCGUUCAGCGGCGACGUGGACGCCAUUCUUGCGCGAACGCUGAAGGCACCGGUGCUUGAUGGCCCUGUGACCGCCACCGGUGUUCUUGGCACGCUCGUUUCGUACCUGCAGGAGCGUAAUUACCUCGAGGCGACUAUGGCGCAGGGGCCGCUCAAGUACAUGGGCAUGGGCCGCCUCCCGCCCCGCACGAUCAACGGCGCGACGAAGCAUUACAAGUCCCGCCGCGUGGAUAUUCGUCUCAUUGAGGCUAGGUCGGUGCCCACCGCGCUGCUCACCUUCACCGGCAGCAAGAACUUCAACGUCAUCAUGCGGCAGGCCGCCAUCAGCAAGGGAUACUUGCUGAACGAGUACGGCCUUUUCAAGCUGGGCAGCCCGGAGGAAGUGAAGGCGCUGCAGGAGCGCGUGCGCGCAAGCAAGGCAGCAGGGGGCAAGUCAUCGUCAGCGUCUGCUGCUGAAGGCGCCGUGGACACCGCAGCUGAAGGCGCAGACGACGGCACGGACCCUGUUGUGUCGGUUAUUAGUGGCCACUCCGCGAAGAUGGAGACGCUGGGGCUCACGAAGGAGGAGCUGGAGACGAAGCGCGUGCACGUGACAUGCGAGAAGGAUGUGUUCGAUGUCCUAGGUAUGCCGUACGCGAAGCCGGAGAACCGUGACCCGUAA